AUGGACAUGUAUUCAUCGGCAAAAGGUCAGGUUCAGGACAAUCGAGAGUACCAAGAUUUCCUCAAGAUGUUCACGGGAAAAGCGAAAACAAGAGAAACAGGUGAGAGCAUGACUAUCUAUUAACUUGCAUUAAAACUUAUAAUUAGUUGAUGAACUAUUUAAAACAUGAGCAGCAGUGUUUUAGCAGAUAUAAAUGUAGUAAGUCAUUGGCGAAGUAAUUUUCAAAAAUACCGCGUUGUGUGGCGAGAAAAUCAAAGUUAGAGUUUAUUUAAAUCAAGAAAAGUCUCUAUCACAUAUAAAGAUACGACACGCUUAUGAUUUUUCUUUGUGUUUUCCUCAUGAAUUCUUAAUGAGUUUUUGAAAUGUAUAUGGAAAUCACUUUGUUCAUGCAUGUGUAAUGAAACGCGUCUAGAUUAAAUUAUCAUUGAUGUUGCAUCAAAUGCAAUUCUACUGUAUACCGCAGCGUUAUUGCAGGGUUGCCAGAUAGCUGAAUAAAUAAGCCAAAUAUUAUUAUCAUAACUUUUUGUUUUCUUUGUUCCAAACAAUGACAUGAAAGGGCUGUUUAUAGCAAUGUUUGGCUUGAUGCUGGAGAUGUUACUCUGAGUGUAUAUUCGCACAGGGCAAGCUUGAAAAAUAUGCCUGACCACGGUGGGAAUCGAAUCUACGACCUUUGAUCAGGUCGGUUCGAAGCAUGCCAAAGGGCCAACGUGCUUCAACUUCUUUAAUUUUCAUCCUGUUUCUACAAAAUUUCGGCACAAACAUAGAAUAUGUCAUUCUUACAAAUCGUAUGGUUUUUGUUUUCCGAAUUGCUACAUCUAAAAAAUUAACAGUUAGCUAUUGUUAAUUUUAUGCACUUAUUCGGUAGACAACAUUGAAAGAGUCAUAAAACUGAACUCCGUUUCUAAAUACGACUAUUUCUAUAGUCAAAGAUAUAGCGGUACAAAUGUCGAAAAAUCGGCCAUUUUGUUACUAAAAAUAGAAUAAAAUGCCCGAUUUUUAGAAAUUUGAGUCAUGAUAUCUUCGCAAGGAAUGGUUGUAUUUCGAAACAGACUUCAGUUUUAAGACUCUCUCAAUGUCGUCUACCGAAUUACUGCAUAAAAUAACCAAGAGCUAACUGUUAAUUUUUUGGCGCUAAGUUUGUGACGUCAUUUUCCCGCCAAAAAUGUUGAUGGGAAAUUUUGUAGAAACAGGAUGAAAAUUGAAGAAGUUGAAGCACGUUGGCGCUUUAGCAUGCAUUUUUGUCAGGCGUGUUUUUAAAAACGUUGGCAUUGUGGCAUACCAUGGAGACAACAAGGAAAAGGUGUCUGUAGUGUAAAUUCGUCUGACGUACAGUAUAAAAUCUAAUAUCCAUUAUCUGUGGUCUAUUUAUAGUUACAGGAAAUGCAAACUUUGACAUGAACCAAACGUCGUUCACAUUAUUGGGAUUUUACACAUUCAGCAUUGCCAAUCUUACAAGACGUAGAGAGCAUGCAAUGCCAAAGGGUUCACCUCACGAAUCUUAUGGUACUUUCCCAGACCUAUAUACAGCAAGUUUGCUGAUCUCCAACUCACAUAAGAGGAUGAACAGCUACUCAAUGAGACCGAAGAAAUACUGGGUAAUUCAUGUUAUACAAAUAAUUCUACCGUUCUAUAAUUCUAUGUUGCAAAGUUCAAUGGUUCUAUGCUUCCUCGGAGUUCUAAUAGUUCAAGUUUUAUGCUUCUCUGUAGUUCUAUAUAGUUCGAUACAAUUUUAAAAAAAUUUUCAAUUAUAACAUUUGUUAUUAUAGUGAACUUAUUUAUUAACUUUGCCGGCAUAAAAUUACACAGAGUGGCCGGGACACCGCAACAGCUUAUUGCCAAUUACUGCGGGCCCAAUUGGAUACAAUCAAACAAACAACAGACAUUCAACUGGACAGACUAACAAACCUACGAACAAACAAUAUUAGUUCCUAAAAGCAGCAGGAUAUCGGAUAUGUAAGACUUCGUACAGAGUUACAUUUCAGGCAUAUAGUUUUAAAUGUUCGAGGAUUAUCAGGAUUAUAAUUAACUUCUAAAGAUUUGUAAUAGUAUUCCAGUAAGGCUGAUCUAAAGGAAUUGAAGCAGUUCGUGUCAUAAUUUAGUUCAUCUACGAGAGCGUUCCAUAUUGUUGACAAGUCUAUACGAAAGGGGUGAAAAAAACGUAUACAUGCAUCAGAAGAUGUCGCAAAGGUAUAGUGGUCGUCCAUGUUGAAAGGAGAAAGUACACCCUAUCUCAGGAAGCUCAGGAAACAUUUGCAGAUAUCCACGAUAACUGGGAGAUGAAUAUUUGCAAAGCUUAUCAACAUGAUAUCCUUCUAAGUGGUAAGAAAUGUAUUGCAAUUAUAUAAAUAUGCAGUAUAAGAGGUUAGAUUUCCUCUACUUCGUAUUUUAUAAAAAACAAAAAGAUACAAAUUCGUGGGGACAGCCACCUUCCAAUAAAUAAUAAAAAAGGUUGAGUUCAUUGUUUCACACAACAACUGAAUAUUUAGAGUACCAAUUAAAAUCUUCAUUUUCGGAAUUAGUGCUCUAAGUCUAAGAUUGGUAUUUCUUUAGAAUAAUGAAUUGUUUGCGUUACAAUUCAAUUUCACAGGCUUGUUUGCAAGGGGAAACUCUCAUGUCAUAAGGCUGUCUGUUCCUAUAUGCAAAUAUUAUUGGACACAUUUGCUGACGAGACCAAUGAUGGAUAUGGUCAUGGGCAUACUGGUGAAGAUUUAAUGCCGACAGACGUUGAAACACCUACCGAAGACGUUCAAACGCUUGCCGAAGACGUUGAAGCUCCUGCCGAAGAUGAUGAAGCGCCUUCCGAACACGAUGAGCCAUCCUCCGAAGACGAUGAAGCGCCUGCCGAAGAAGAUGACCAUGAAAACGUCAUUCAAAUAAGCUCUAAAGCUCUACUUGAUUCCCAUUCCUUAGUUGACGUUUGUUUACGACAUGUCUGUGAGUAUAAAGUCUGUUUUAGCAUAACCUGUGUAAUUUUAUUACGUAAAAUGACAUGCGGAAUAUAUUAUACGUAUGUUCUGUAUAUCAUUAUUUGUUUUGAGUCAUUAAUGUUCUUUCUCUUCCAAAAUUCCAUUUAUGAGUCUGGUGAAAUUGUCUCAUCAUUUCCAGACUAUUUCAACAAUUCGGUUUAAAGUAUAGUUGGAUAUAAAAGUUUAAUAAAUCUGGACCGUCUUAUCAACCUUAAAAGUAAGUCGCAUUGUUUUAUCUCAAACACAACAGUUAUUUCUAUAGGUAUAAAAUAUUUUCGUGCAAGGACUACUAAACAAUGAUCAAGGAAAAUAUUAAGACCAAACGCAAAGUGAAUAAAUAUGUAUAUUAUAACUCAACUUCAAAUUGUCCAGUCAGGAAGCUUAGUUUGGGGCACGUGAUCAUGAAAUUAAUUGCGAUAUCACGCAUUACGUCAUCAAUUACCAAGCCUGCGUUCCUUUUGACAAUGUUCCACGCCAUUUUUCCCGGGGAACAUGGGGUUGAACAUUAUUCGCGUAGACCACGCGAGACAACACUUAUAAAAGUAACAUCAUUGAUUUUCAAUCAGUAGCUGCAUUGUCAGGACGUACGUCCGUGGAUGUCUCAAACAGACAGGUGGUGACAUAUUGAUGACGUAUCGAUGUAAUGCAUUGCGAGCAUAGAAAUUGCGAGCUAAAGUCGGUAUCUACGGUUAGUUCCGCUGUUGUCCAUAAAUGGUUUUGUAAAUAACACGAGUACUCAAUAAAUGGUUUUGUAAAUAACACGAGUACUCGAUAAAAUGGUUUUGCCAAUAACACGAGCGAAGUGCAAUACGAAGAAUGCCGUAUAACUGCGCGAGACGAUGACGACUUUGUAUCAUACCUUCGGUUCUGUGCACAAAAGUUUUAGUCAAUAUCAAGCGAGAUCGUAUCAAUAACACGCGAGUACAAUAAAAUGGUUUUUCAAUAUAAACACGAGUACAAUAAUCAAUGUAACUAGUUGCCGUGAGCGGAUGACGACUUUGUAAAAGUUCAUGUCUUCGACGGGUACUCAAUAAAAUGGUUUUGUCAAUAACACGAGCGGAGUGCAAUACGAAGAAUGCCGUAUAACUGCGCGACUUUGUAUGUUAUUGUUAUUAUUGAUCUUUAAACACGGUAACCUUUCACAUAGGUGAUUUUCAAAGGGCCGUGCGGAAAAUAAAUGCAUUAUGAAAGAAGGAACUAAUAAACUAAAAGUAGUUCUAGACCGCCUGUAUAGCGCCGGAAGUAAUUAGUAUGCAGGAGCGGAUAGAGCGGCGGAAGUAAUUAGUAUGUAGGAGCGAAUAGGGUGGCGGAAGUAAUUAGUAUGGAUCAAAACAUGGCGGCGAUCAGUGUUAAGCAGAAGUGACGUCUAGGGAGUUUCCAUGCCAGUGCUUUAUCACAUAAUUGUAAAGGUAUUGUGUUUGUAUUUAUAUACGUUACACAUCUUACCUCCAAGGCUUGUGGGACACUGCGAUAGCACAUGCGCAGUAAUAAUAUUAUAGUAUGGUGUACGUACACCAACUACGUCAUAAUCAUAUCCAUCUCUGAUUGGUUGCUGUGUUUGGUGUGGGAAUAUAAAUUGAAGAUGUGGGUACUGCUCGGCAUAGUGUUCACACAGCUUUCGUAGAGAACUUAACAAGACUAAAUGAUGAUGGAGUGUUUACAUGGACAACCAGCUUCUUGUUCAACUACGAAAAAAGGUUCUUUCUGGUUUUGUGGACAGAAGCCAAGUUGUGGAUUUCUAUGCACAGAAAACGAAGGUUAUGUAUAUCAAAUGGCUUUGGCAGCUUGGAGAGCCAUCGAUUUAAAACAGCCGAUAUGCGAAAGCCACCACAAGCCCGCAAAGUUUCGUGUAGUUAAAGACAUACAGAAAGAGAGCUAUGGCAGACCGUACUUUACGUGUGCAGAACGUGAAAACCCGUGUUCCCUCUGGAUGUGGGCUGAUGAGAAGCAAGUGGAGAAACAAACUGUUAUCACGGACAACUGUGUGUCAUGA